GCGUGAGUUAUCUUCUCGCGCCGGCGGCGGGCUCGGGAUCUGUGCGAGCGUGUGCAUUUUUCGCGAGCCGGCCUCCCUCCCUCCGCACCAUGGCCUCCGACUCGUGGGCCCUGGCCGUGGACCAGCAGGAAGCGGCUGUCAAGUCGAUCAGUAAUUUGCAGAUCAAGGAAGAGAGAGUCAAACCAGAUACCAAUGGUGUUAUCAAAACCAAUGCCACUGCAGAGAAAACAGAUGAAGAAGAGAAAGAGGACAGAGCUGCCCAGUCCUUACUCAACAAGCUGAUCAGAAGCAACCUGGUCGACAACACAAACCAAGUGGAAGUCCUGCAGCGGGACCCAAAGUCCCCCCUCUACUCAGUGAAGUCCUUCGAGGAGCUUCGGCUGAAACCACAGCUUCUUCAGGGAGUCUAUGCCAUGGGCUUCAACCGACCAUCCAAGAUACAAGAGAACGCGUUACCCAUGAUGCUUGCUGAGCCUCCACAGAACCUGAUUGCCCAGUCUCAGUCUGGUACUGGGAAAACAGCUGCCUUUGUCCUGGCCAUGCUCAGCCGAGUGGAGCCAGCAGAGAGAUACCCCCAGUGCCUUUGCCUCUCCCCAACAUAUGAGUUGGCGCUUCAAACAGGAAAAGUGAUUGAGCAGAUGGGCAAAUUUCAUCCAGAACUAAAGCUUGCUUAUGCUGUUCGAGGCAAUAAAUUGGAAAGGGGUCACAAGAUCAGUGAGCACAUUGUCAUUGGCACCCCUGGGACUGUCUUAGACUGGUGCGCCAAGCUCAAGUUCAUUGACCCCAAGAAGAUCAAGGUGUUUGUUCUGGAUGAGGCUGAUGUAAUGAUAGCUACUCAGGGCCACCAAGAUCAGAGCAUCCGCAUCCAAAGGAUGCUGCCCAGGAACUGCCAGAUGCUGCUUUUCUCUGCCACCUUUGAAGACUCUGUAUGGAAAUUUGCCCAGAAAGUGGUCCCAGACCCAAACAUUAUCAAACUGAAGCGGGAGGAGGAGACAUUGGACACCAUCAAGCAGUAUUACGUCCUGUGCAAUAACAGAGACGAGAAGUUCCAGGCCUUGUGUAACCUCUACGGGGCCAUCACCAUUGCUCAGGCCAUGAUCUUCUGCCAUACCCGCAAAACAGCCAGUUGGCUGGCAGCAGAGCUCUCAAGAGAAGGCCACCAGGUGGCUCUGCUAAGUGGGGAGAUGAUGGUGGAGCAGAGGGCUGCGGUGAUUGAGCGCUUCCGAGAGGGCAAAGAGAAGGUUCUGGUGACCACCAACGUGUGUGCCCGUGGUAUCGACGUUGAACAGGUGUCUGUUGUCAUCAACUUUGACCUUCCUGUGGACAAGGAUGGGAACCCAGACAACGAGACUUACCUGCACCGGAUCGGGCGCACUGGCCGCUUUGGCAAGAGGGGCCUGGCAGUGAACAUGGUCGACAGCAAGCACAGCAUGAACAUCCUCAACAGAAUCCAGGAGCAUUUUAAUAAGAAAAUAGAAAGAUUGGACACGGAUGAUUUGGACGAAAUUGAGAAAAUAGCCAACUGAGAAGCUCCUACAGGUCCUGCGCAGGAAACUGAUGCUUUCACAGCACAGGCCGGACGUCACCGAAGGACAAAGGCACGAGUGGAGAGAAACCACCUGCCUUAUUUUAAACUACGUUUGGCCUUGACAAAAAUUAUGCAAAUGAUUGAGAAAGGUAGAGGAAAUUUUGCAUUUGAGAAAUGUAGUCCUUUUCCCCCAUUUUUUUAAGCCAAGAUUUCCCCCAUCUUUAUAGUAAUCUGGUUGCUAUUGGUAUUCGCUGGCCCCAGGAUUCCAUCCCUGUUAUCUGGCUAGGGAUGUUGGGACCUCAUCCAGCCCCUGCAGAAGUGGGAGAGGUAGAGUGUGGGAGAGGCCCACCGCAUGGAUGGAGUGAGGGGAGCGGCAGCAGAGGCCUGUGAGCUGUCCUUGACUGAGACCAGUCACAAAUGUCUCCUGUCCUUGGAGCCAUCUUCUCCUAAAGUGCAGAGACGUUCCAGUUAAUCUAUUUAACCUCUGCUCUCUGUGCCAGAGGAUAUCCCUGUUUCUCCCUGGGUGAGCAUCUUGGAUACUUUGUGAACCUGAUUGGGAAGAAACAUGGAUGUCAGUGAAUUUUCAGAAGGAUUUGUCUGGCAGGGGCUAUGACUCCUUUGAGAAUCCAGGCCUGACUUCUCUUGCAUUUGCUCUGUCUGCUUGUGCACCCAGUAAUCAUUCAUGGCAGCCAGGAGACACUGGGCAAUUGUCUGACACAUGCCCGGCCAGGUGAGAUGGCUCUUAUCCGUGGGGGGUCCACACUGUGCCUGGAGGGGAGCAGCACAGUUUGGAAAGGAAGUUAUGACCAAGUGAAAGCUUGGGAUUAUUCUGUUCAUCUGUAAUAGUGGAUCUAUUGGUCACUUUACUUCAUACACAGUGUGAAUGUGGACGGAGAAACUAGAGCUGUGCCCAUCAUUCAUUAUGUUAAGAAAUUUUAAAAUAAUUAUGAAACAUUUUACUUACCUUGAUUUGUCUUUAUUUGUAUUUUUCUGGUUAUUAGACUAAUAUGUGCACAUUAAAAAAUAUAUUUGGGUAACUAUGAAGUGCAAGUACUCUCUAUCCUCACCUCUCUGGGGUCACCAUGGCUAGCAGCUUGGUGAACAUUCAAUAUAUUGCCUUCUGUUUGCAUAUAUGGACCUACUUUGCUUUUAAAAAAUGUGAACAUUCUACUCCCACUCUUGGGCAACUCGCCAUUUCACUUACCAGCAUAUUUUGUUGAUUGUUUUU